AUACCGCUUGGAGAGUGUAAGCGCAGUCGCAGGUUAUCCAUCGCCUGGUGCAAGAUCUACCGUCACUCUGCCACGUCUGGAUCUUCCUUUAUAUAGACGGGAGACUCAACAAAACCACUGUACUCAACGCGGAUCCAGAUUGUACUUUUCUCCCCUCUUUUGCCCCCUCUCUCCCUUUUUUCACCGGGCUAAACCACCCUGUGUUUUGUAAAGGCAAUUGUUAGUGCGCAUCAUCGCGGGAGCCAAAAGGAGGUUUGCCACUGUUCCAUAGUAGACUGCGGGCUGCUGAAGCGUCAUGACAGCUGAGAAGAGCGGGCCCGUUAUAAACGGUAAACCAGAGGAUGGCAGAGACCCUGAAGGGUCCAGCUCCAGCCUAGACCACAGGGAAUACAAUGAGAGGGGCCACUGGAACAACAAGAUCGAGUUUUUCCUGUCUGUGGCUGGAGAGAUCAUAGGGCUGGGCAACGUCUGGAGGUUUCCUUACCUCUGCUACAAAAAUGGAGGAGGUGCGUUCUUCGUUCCAUAUGUCAUCUUCUUUGUAUGCUGCGGUAUCCCCGUGUUUUUCCUGGAGACUGCCCUGGGUCAGUUCACCAGUGAGGGAGGCAUCACCUGCUGGAGGAAAGUCUGCCCACUAUUCGAGGGUAUUGGCUAUGCAACACAGGUGAUUGAAGCUCAUCUAAACGUAUACUACGUAGUGAUUCUUGCCUGGGCCAUCUUCUACCUCUUCAACUGCUUCACCACCGAGCUGCCAUGGGCUGGCUGUGGGCACUACUGGAAUACAGAGAACUGUGUGGACUACUAUGGAGAAAAUUCCACCAACAUUACAAACCCCAACGGAACCUCUCCAGUCAUUGAGUUUUGGGAACGUAGAGUACUGAAGAUAUCAGAUGGUAUUGAGCACAUAGGGGGAAUGCGCUGGGAGCUAGCCAUGUGUCUGGCCCUUGCCUGGUUCAUCUGCUACUUCUGCAUCUGGAAGGGACCCAAGUCAACUGGCAAGGUUGUGUAUGUGACAGCUACAUUUCCUUAUGCCAUGCUGUUGGUCCUGCUGAUCAGAGGAGUGACGCUGCCAGGAGCAUACGAAGGCAUCAAGUUCUACCUCUACCCGGACAUGUCACGUCUCUCUGACCCUCAGGUGUGGGUGGAUGCUGGAACCCAAAUCUUUUUCUCCUAUGCCAUCUGCUUGGGGUGUCUCACUGCUCUAGGAAGUUACAAUUCCUACAACAAUAACUGCUACAGGGACUGCCUCAUGCUGUGUUGUCUGAACAGCGGCACCAGCUUUGUAGCAGGUUUCGCUAUCUUCUCUGUGCUGGGCUUCAUGGCCUAUGAACAAAAUGUUCCCAUCGAGGCUGUGGCAGAAUCUGGUCCUGGUCUUGCAUUUAUUGCAUACCCCAAGGCUGUUACUAUGAUGCCUCUAUCGCCACUUUGGGCCUGUCUCUUCUUCAUGAUGCUCAUCUUCCUUGGUCUGGACAGUCAGUUUGUGUGUGUGGAGAGUUUAGUGACAGCUGUGGUAGACAUGUACCCAGAGACCUUCAGGAGAGGCUACCGCAGAGAACUGCUGAUUCUGGGCAUGUCUAUAGCCUCCUUCUUCAUAGGACUCAUCAUGUGUACAGAGGGAGGGAUGUACGUCUUCCAGUUGUUUGACUCGUACGCUGCCAGCGGGAUGUGUUUGCUGUUUGUGGCAAUAUUUGAGUCCAUAUGUAUUGGCUGGGUGUACGGUAGUGACAGAUUCUACCUAAAUAUUGAGGACAUGAUUGGCUACAAACCGGUCUUCUUCAUCAAAUGGUGCUGGAUGAUCCUGACCCCGGGCAUUUGUGCUGCAAUUUUCCUGUUCUUCCUGAUUAAAUACAAACCGCUGAAGUACAACAAUGUGUACACCUACCCUGACUGGGGCUAUGGUAUCGGCUGGUUCAUGGCCAUGUCCUCGAUGGUCUGCAUCCCUGUGGGGAUGAUCUGGAUGAUCUGGAAGACUCCUGGCACCUUCUCUGAGAGAAUAAAGAAGUUGACGACUCCCAGCCCGGACCUGAUAAUGAGAGGAAAGCUCGCUGCCCUCAGUCCUUAUGCUGCCAACGAUGCAAAACUAAAGGUUGAUGGGAAAAUAUCCACCAUCUCAGAGAAGGAGACGCAUUUCUAACUGACAGACCAAGCAGCCUGCCAUCUUCAUAAAACAUCCAACAAAUGAAAACUACAGCAAACAACAUCAGCAUUAUCCAUCAGUACACAAAAAAGGGAAAAGAAACAAAUGACUCAGUGUUAUUUUUGUUUUCGAAAAAAGAAAAGAAAAAAAAAAACUACACAUGAUUCUUAGUCGGCUUCUUUUUUGCACAAACUUUGAUAACACAUUUGUUGUUUUCAGUUAACAUCCUGACUAAAGCAGCUGUUUCUUUUCUAACCAUUAAUAUUUUUAAAAUCUGUUUGAUGACAUACCAUAUAUGGUUAAAACUUGUCCUGGUAUCUUGUCAGUAUUGGUCACACUAGUGUCUGGGCCUGUAGAACAAUACCAAUGUACUGUGUUGUAAAAUACUUACACUGUACAUUUAAGAAGUUCUGUGCCUCUCUAUUAGGUACUAGGUACCCAAAUGUGACUAUCUAAGAUGUAGCAGCCUGGGGACCAUUCUAUAUAGUUUUGUGUUUUAAGAGAAUGCUGCAGUGUGUUGAGGCUAUAGGAGGGCAUACCCUUAAUACUGCAAGUAAAACUUUGAGUUGUAUAUAAAAAGGAUUCCAUCAAAAUCUUGGAUGUUAUCUGAACCAGCUGUGACUGUGAGGGUUUUCAGGCCUUCAGUGAUUGUUAUUUACUUGAAUUUAAUGUUGUUGCUAGGCAACAUAAGAAACAACUCUGCGUACUGGGUGUGACUGAAGAAUAUUUUUAGGCUACUGAUCAACAUGUUAAGAUCUAUUAGGUCCUUGGGGGCUUUGUUGAUUUCCAUGGCACUGCUCUUUCUAAAUAGGCGUCUCUCCUCGGGAGGUUAGCAGUAGUAUUGAACGGGCAGAUAAAUAGUAAGACCAUUCCCCUUUUAGAAACCUUUAAUUGUACAUCUCUUGUUUUGAGCUACAAAUCUUCACAUGGCUACAAAUAGUGAGUGACUUUAGGCUGAGUCUAAAAACACACCUCUCUCUCCUCUAGCUGCCCUCCUAUAAGUUGUGGGUAUCUGUCAUUUCACAGCAAUUAUGCUGAGCCUAACACAGAGUGACAUACAGACGUGCUUCCACCCCUGCAUUUUUAUUUCCUGUUCCGCCUGUAGAAAAGAAGAUGAACACCCAUCAGAUGAGCAUUUCAAAACCCAUGUCUUCUUAUCCCCCCUUAUUUUUCUUCUUUCCCCUUGUCCCCUUCUAUCUUUUCUCCCACUGUCCUUCCUUCUCAUCCUCAACCUCUGCUUCAAUGCUUUCCCACUUCUGUCUUAGGCUUCUCUUCAUCAUGUGGAGGGCUUAAACAAUAAUACAGGCCUUGUAGAGAACUGUGAAAGCUUUGUAUUUGGUUGCAGAAUUGUGCAUCAGGGACAGUCUUGCUGUCGAUUUGUGUUUCUGUGACCUUUCUUAAACCUCAAU